CUCUGUAGAAGAAGCACAACUUCCGGGAUAAACAAGAACAUAUGUUAAAUAACUAUCCUUGUGUGUUAAGCAGCAAACUCAGCUGUGUCUGGCGCUGCUUCUGAGGUUAAAGUGUAUUACCCCGAGGUACUCCGUAAUGGCGGUUUCUACUCAUGUCUCUAAAGUCCGUUCGUUGUACAAGAGGAUUCUGGUCCUGCAUCGCUUCCUGCCCAUUGACCUAAGAGCCCUGGGGGACCAGUAUGUGAAGGACGAGUUCAGGAGACAUAAAGGGGCAUCACCCGAUGAGGCAAAGGGAUUCAUGGUAGAGUGGCAGCAUUACAAGGACACCAUACAGACUCAGGUACUGGAUACAGCGGGGGAGAAACUCAGCUCCGUCAAGUUUGGAUCCAACCUGUCGGAGGGGAAACUCAUUGACUUCCAGGGGGAGCAGAUUAGCCAACUGUACGAACUCAUGCUGGAGUCCACCAAACCUAACCGACAGUUUGACAUCCAGGAGGACAGUAAAUGAAGCGAAGGGGCAGAAGGUGCUGGGAUUCAGACCACUAUUAUUCCCCCUGAGUGCUUGAGAUGAAGAGUGCUACUCAAAGGCAGAGUGGAGGCUUUUAGGAAUAUUUGAUUAUAUUUAAGUGCUGUGUAAUGUCUCUGUGUUCCUGUACUUUACACUUUUACUGUGACAAUAAAAAGAGGUUACUCGUGCUCCCUGCAGGAGCAUUAAGUUGUAUUAA